AUGCUGGAUCCGACUGGUAGGGAAUAGCCUGUUAUGUGCCCGCGCACGGGUGUUUUAGUCUAACUGAGGGGUUCCGGGGUGUUUAUACAGAAUGAUUAGAUGUUUUAAAAGUCGCAGGUUUAGAUAGUAAUACCGUUGGCAGUGAAAAUAGCGUAGAUUGAUUUUCGCCUACUAGAAUGGAAUGCUCAUCACUGCCACGUGUCUGCUUUAACACUCAAUAUAGUAGGAAAUAUAAAGGCACCAACCCAUGGAAACCAUUGUAGCAGACUCCAAUGUUGAUGAUAGAUCUACAGCUACUGCACAAAUUCAAAUACAAGUGUCUGGUUCCGGCGAAACACAGAUGGUGACUUUACCAGUGUCAAUGGCACAUGCAAUCAACUCAGCUCAAGGCCAACAAACAGUCAUAUCAAGUCAACAAUCAGGCCAACCUGUUGCUCAGGAUACUGCGAAGAGGCGAGAACUGCUGUCCAGAAGGCCUUCCUACAGGAAAAUUUUAAACGAGUUGUCAGGACAACCAGAUGCAAACCAACGAGUCAAAGAUGAACCAGGUGGAAGCAAAUCUUCAGAAAGCUCCGAAUCUGACUCCGGUGGUCAAAUGGUAACUCCAUUACAAGCACCAACCAUAGCAUACCAAACUGGGAGUGGAACAGUGACUGUCCACCAAUCUCCACAAACAAUUCAAAUACCGGCCUCUGCUUUAAACCAUGAUCAACAUGUGACCUCCGUGGCUGGUCUUCAAACUUUCUCCAUGGCCAACGCCCUCGCACAAGGCCAAGCUGCUUUAGUACAAGAUUCCAAUACCAGCGGAAACACCCUGUGGAUGCCAGGGAAUCAUGUUGUGGUACAAGGAGGCGACUCCCAGAUGUACCAAAUCCGUACCUCCACUUCAUCAAAUGCAAUUCCUAAUGUUGUGUUAAGUGGUAACAGCAUGCAAUCACCUCAGCAGAUGGCAGAAGAAGCUUCAAGGAAGCGGGAACUGAGGUUAAUGAAAAACAGAGAGGCAGCCAAAGAAUGCCGAAGGCGGAAAAAGGAAUAUGUCAAGUGUCUUGAAACUCGUGUGGCUGUGCUUGAAAACCAGAACAAACAACUCAUUGACGAACUAAAAACAUUGAAGGAACUGUACGUUCACAAACAAAACGAUUAACGCUGUGAAAAUACCCAUGUCACCCAAGAUAAUGCAACCGCUUCAAAGCAAGAGCAGGGUCGGGACUACAACUUCCAACCUAUUGGUUAUUUUAUAGAGAAGCUUUCCAAUUUUUAUCAAUGCACCUUUGAUUAGCACGUUAGACAAUCAACAGCGCUAGAUAUUCCACACAAGGCGUAUUGUGACCAACAAACAAUACUAACCCUGCUUGUCAUAGCAUAUUUUUUUACUCAUAAGUCCCAUUGUAUUAUAAUGCAGUCACAAGUUGCUGUUGAUUGCAACUUUGGGUUCAGCUUCUCAGGGUACAUUUAUUGCUUAGUGCAAAACCCUGCGAGUCUGCUGCACAGCAUAUUUUAACUUGUACACUUUUUUAAACAAUACUGCAAAUGGAUAUUUUAAUUUUAUUCCAACAAAGGUUUUUCGAAAACUGCGCAUUGUUAAAAGUAACCUCUUUUUAACCGAUACUGGUGCUUUUUUCGCACCUACGGUAUUUCGUUUUUCUUUCUUUUAACUGUUACAAAUGUUCCAUUUAAAGCCUUAUACAGUAUGCCUUGGCUACGUUUAAUCUUUUGAACGAAUUAGUAGAGGUUUCACAGUCAACAUUUUGAUGUUAAGAAGUAAAUAUUCAUUGGUAUUUUUGUGCAAUUUUCAUCCAACUAACCCAUCAAGGUAAUAGGUUUGUGUAAAUACUUUGAAAACCUUGCCUAUAGUUUCAUAUUAUUUAUUAUACUGCCCCUGCUGGUAGCCACUCCUGUCUCAUAUGCAGCGCAAGGCAAGUUGCACAGAAGGGCUCGCACUCAGUGUUUAUGGGUUAUAUUUUGAUUUCAACUUUUCGUUCUGCUUUUAUGUUGAUACUUUGUUAGUUUUAUUUGUUGCGAUUUAUGAAUGUUGAAAUUCUACACAGAACACUUUUUAUGAA